AUGCUACUGGAAUUACUUAUGACGUCUGAGCUAGAUGUAUAUCAGCCACCCAAAAUUGACGAUAUUUUGAUUAAUGUUAUCGAGGAGCACGUCCUUACUGAUAUCCAUGGAUUUCAGUUUCAAUUAGAGCAGUUUACUCAUGCGCCGUUUUUAACUCCUCGGUGUAACGGGCUUCAAACUCUGAGCAGUCAACAUGCUUAA